GCCUGCCGUGUGCCGGGGAGGGAGGGCAGUGGGAUGACGCACGGGGGAAGCCACAGCGGUGAGACUGCCCCCUGCUCGCGCUGCUGACCGCUGCUCUCCAUCAUGCGCGAGGCCUUCCAGUGAGCCUGCUGGGAGUGCUGCUGUCGGCAGUGCUGCUGGAGGGAGCACGUGCUGCUGGGAGUGCUGCUGUCGGGAGUGUUGCUGUUGGGAGUGCUGCUGUCAGGAGUGCUGCUGCUGGGGAUGCUGGUGGAGGCAGCACGUGCUGCAGCCAUUGCGCUCGCCUCAUGACUGGCCCACCAAUACGGUCAAGUCUCCUCAUCCCUUGCCAGUCUUGUAUUUCCUCAGACAAGGAUUGCUUGCCUCCCGUUGGUGCUUGCGUGUUCCUUCCAUCAUUGCUGGCUUUUCUCGUUAUAAGAAAUAGGGGGAUCAAAAGCUCGUUAUAAGAAAUGGGGGGAUCAAAAGCUCGUUAUAAGAAAUGGGGGGAUCAAAAGCUCGUUUCGGGGUGAUGGGCGCGUGGCGGUGGUAGCGCAUGGCACUGGGGCGGAAGGGCUCAUACUAGAGUUGCAGGGGGUAGAAACGCAUUCAUCCUCAUGCCCGCGUCCCUCUCUUACCUCGUCCCCCUCGCGUGCUAGCUCCAUGCCCUGAUGCCGUGCGCUACCAUCGCCCUUUCUCUGUUAGUUGGGCUUUGCAAGAUGCAUUCUCGCUAGCGCUUUUGCUUCUCGCAAAGGGCUUCGUUUGUGCAAAUCUUCCGCGUUUCAUGCACGUAACUUGUGCUUGUUUUAGCUCGUGUCUUUGGAUUGGCAUGCCUUGAUCUAAUUCUCUGCAACUCCUUCCCCAAGUGCGUUCUUCCCCCAAGUGCGUUCUUCCCCCAAGUGCGUUUUUCCCCAAGUGCGUUUUUCCCCAAGUGCGUUUUUCCCCAAGUGCGUUUUUCCCCAAGUGCGUUUUUCCCCAAGUGCGUUUUUUCCCCAAGUGCGUUUUUUCCCCAAGUGCGUUUUUUCCCCAAGUGCGUUCUUUCCCCAAGUGCGUUCUUUCCCCCUCACCAUUCCCCUGUACCAGGCCCACGGGAGUGUGCCCUGCAGAGCCGGAGUGGGAGGGCAGUGGGAUGCCGCACGGCGGGCAGCCACAGCGGUGUGACUGCCCCCUGCUCGCCCUGCUGACCACUGCACUCCCCCCCGCGCUGAAGGCUUGCGGGUGCCGCUGCUGGGAGCCCUGCUGACCACUGCACUCCCCCUUGUGCUGAAGGCUCACGGGUGCUGCUGCUGGAGGAAGUGCAGUUGGGGGGAGUGUGGCUGGAGGGAGUGCGGCUGGAGGGAGUGCGGCUGGAGGGAGUGCGGCUGCAAGAACCCACGGGGCGGAGGAGCGUGCUGCACACGCGGCUUCACACCGCUCCCGCUCUCCUCCUCCUCUCAUCUGUCCCUCCUCCUCUGGCUGCCAGUUCUCCCACCAAGGGACCCUCCCCAGGUGAUAGGCAAGUGCCAUGAUGUGAGCAUGGUGGCUGCGAGGUAGACACUCACUGUGAGUUGGUAUGGUCGCUUGGUGGGACCUGGAGCCUCCAACACACCCACUUGCCCCAACUGCGCCUGCAGCCCUCCAACACCGGCAGCGCCCCCACCCACUCGUCCCGCAACCCCAAGACCGACAACCCAACCAUUACCGGGACAAUUCCCUCUCCCUCUUCCUCGUUUCGUGUUCAGUUCUACUUACUUGCACCAUCGCUUGCACUUUCCUGUACGUUUCAUGAUCAUCAUCUCUCUGCUCUUUUGUCUCACUCGCUUGGGCACUCACUCACUUCCUCUCCUUCUCUCUUUCACUUGUCCCUUCCCCAUCCCCCCCCUUCCCCCGCUGCUCUGCCCCUCCUAUGCAGCAGCCGCGAGUAGAGGCAGCAGGGGGGCAGCCGUGGGAUGGCGCACGGCAUGCAGCCACGGGGCUGUGACUGCCCUUCGCAUGCCCUGCUGACCACCGCGCCCCAAUGAGCUGCCGGGAGCGGGAGGGGAGCUGCUGGUACGUAUCUAGCUGCCAGCAGGCAGAGCUAGUAAGACAUUUUAUACAACUCUGGUCUGCGGGAGGGGAGCGGCUGGUACGUAUCUAGCUGCCUCAUCCUGCCCCACUCCUUACUCCCUUUGGCGUGUCUCGUUCGCUUCAGUCGCCGUCGGGUUGCUCCGGUUGAGUGGGGCUGCUAGCUUGAUGGUACGUACCUCUCUGCUCUCUCUUUGUGCCUCAGUCGCUUCAGUCGCUGUGUUUCUCUGCCUGAGUGGAGCUAGCAGCAUGCUAGCCCUUCUCCCCUCGCGUCGCCUGUUGCUUGCCUUGUGUCACUUGCCGUGAUGAUCCGUCCACCUACCCACCUACAGGCAGCACAGCACAGUACAGCACAGCACAGUACAGACAGCAC